AUGUUCCGCGGCGGCUCACGAGGAGGCGGAUUCCGAGGGGGUCGUGGGGGCGCCGGCAACAGCCGAGGAGGAUUCGGUGGAAGUGGUCGAGGCGGAGCCAACCGCAACCAGCCGAUGGGACCUCCCGCCAGAGUUAUACCUGCUGGAAAGGUUUUGCACCCUUGCGAGGAUCAGCUGGUUGUUGAAUUCAGCGAGUUGGAUAAAUCACAAGUGCCGUACUUCAACGGCCGAGUCUUCCUUGCAUCCAAAACCGAAGUUGGCAAAGUAGAUGAGAUUCUUGGACCGUUAACAAAGAUGCUUGUUAGCGUUCAAAUGGCCCCAGGCGUCAAAGCCGAUUCCAUUCCUGCUGGAACCGUGCUCUAUAUCGACCCAACACAAAUUCUUCCUCUAGAACGAUUCCUCCCUGCCGAACCGGGAGCCAAGCCAGCUGGCCGAGGUGGUGCCCGUGGUGGUGGCCCUUCCAGAGGAGGACGCGGCGGCGGUGCCCGAGGUCGGGGGGGCCCAAAAAAAGGUAGCUUCAGCAGUGGACGAGGAAACUUCGGAGGCUCACGCGGCAGCUUCGGGGGCAGCUCCCGGGGUGGCAGCUUCCGGAGUGGACCUCCACGAGGUGGUUCCAACAGGCACUGA